AACUGGUUGGGACGUGGACAUCUCCAGUUCGCUGCUGCUGCUGCUGCUCACCGCAGCACAGAAGACAGAAAGGAGAAGGAGCGAGCGUCCACGAGCACGGGUUAUAACUCAAAUAACAGUGCGUCACCACCGGGAAUCAACGUUGCUUCUACAUCAUUUUCAAUUCAAUUACUUUGAGCCAACGUGGAGCUGGCUGGGAAUAUACGUUGAAUUGACGUCUGUGCAAAGUGGAUCUAUAUCGUAUAGAUUUCGUGAUGCGGAAUGCGUGCGUAAAAUCAGACAGAGACGACCUACACAAGAGCCAAAAUGACACUUCACCACUGCCUGUUUUACCUCUAAACAAACAUGCAUCCUGAACGACGUGCUUUCCUCUAUUCUUACGUGCAAUAAAACAUUAGAAGACUUAGAAGAUGGAGAAUAUAUCUAUCUCGAACAGCCGCAGGGUAUUUCCGGUGGUGUGUAACGAAUCCACGGACUACUAUUAUCUGAGCGCGACUAACCGGACAGAUCUGAACUGCACGCCCCAAUCAGAGUUCUACUUUUACGCGGACCUCUAUGUAGUCCUGCCUGUGAUCUAUUCGGUAAUAUGCGCCGUGGGUUUAACGGGGAACACGGCCGUUAUCUACGUUAUCCUCAAAGCGCCUAAAAUGAAGACGGUGACCAAUAUGUUUAUCCUAAACUUGGCGAUAGCCGACGACCUGUUUACCCUGGUCCUACCCAUCAACAUCGCCGAGCACCUGCUCCACUACUGGCCCUUAGGAGAGGUGCUGUGUAAGGUCAUCCUGAGCAUAGACCACUAUAACAUCUUCUCCAGUAUCUACUUCCUGACGGUUAUGAGUGUGGACCGUUAUCUGGUCGUUCUGGCGACGGUGCGUUCCAAGCGUAUGCCGUACCGCACGUACCGCGCGGCCAAGAUAGUGAGCCUGUGCGUCUGGAUCCUCGUGAUUCUUAUCGUGAUGCCUUUCACUGUAUUCGCCGGGGUCUACAUCAGUCCCGAUGACUUGGACCGGAAAAGCUGCGUCCUCAGCUUCCCGAGCCCGGAGAGUUUGUGGUUCAAGGCGAGCCGGAUAUACACCCUGAUCCUCGGCUUUGCCAUCCCGGUGUCGACCAUCUGUAUUCUCUACACCAUGAUGCUGUACAAACUACGGAACAUGCGCCUCAACUCCAACGCCAAGGCGCUGGACAAGGCUAAAAAGAAAGUAACUAUUAUGGUGUUUAUAGUCUUAGCGGUGUGUCUGUUCUGUUGGACGGGGUUUCACCUCAGCACCAUAGUGGCUCUCACCACCGACCUGCGGACCACUCCGCUGCUCAUCGGGUUGUCCUACUUCAUCACCAGCCUCAGCUACGCCAACUCUUGUCUGAACCCUUUUCUUUACGCCUUUCUGGAUGACAGCUUCAGGAAAGCGUUCAAAAAGAUGCUAGAAUGUAGACCGGCAGGAAUGUAAUUUCCGACAGGCUUAGUGGAUAGUGGAUACAAUAUGGUAUGUUAAUACUGAUGCCAUUCAAAAAUAAACUAUGAUCAUAUUAUUUAUGUUUGCUUGAAUCUACAUUAGGUGAUUAUCAUUGUUGCCAUGGUAUGACUUAAAUAUUUAAUAUUUAAUAUUUAACAUGGAAUAUAUAAUAUGGAAUAACUAAUAUGGAAUCAUAUGGCCAGGAUUGGCCAGGAUUGGAGGGGAGUAUUUAUUUUUCAUGGACAUUUGUCUCCCCCUGGUGUCCUGAGAAGUCAGGUAGCCUCCACUAUUGUGAGGGCAGGUAGCCUCCACUGUAGUGAGAGGGCAGGUAGCCUCCACUGUAGUGAGAGGGCAGGUAGCCUCCACUAUUGUGAGGGCAGGUAGCCUCCACUGUAGUGAGAGGGCAGGUAGCCUCCACUGUAGUGAGAGGGCAGGUAGCCUCCACUGUAGUGAGGGCAGGUAUCCUACACUGUAGUGAGGGCAGGUAGCCUACACUGUAGUAAGGGCAGGUAGCCUACACUGUAGUGAGGGCAGGUAGCCUACACUGUAGUGAGGGCAGGUAGCCUCCACUGUAGUGAGGGCAGGUAGCCUCCACUGUAGUGAGGGCAGGUAGCCUACACUGUAGUGAGGGCAGGUAGCCUCCACUGUAGUGAGGGCAGGUAGCCUCCACUGUAGUGAGGGCAGGUAGCCUACACUGUAGUGAGGGCAGGUAGCCUACACUGUAGUAAGGGCAGGUAGCCUACACUGUAGUAAGUGCAGGUAGCCUACACUGUAGUAAGGGCAGGUAGCCUACACUGUAGUAAGGGCAGGUAGCCUACACUGUAGUAAGGGCAGGUAGCCUGCACUGUAAAUACAUAGGCGUUAUUCUGGCCUGUCAUUGUGAACCAUAGACAAACUGGGUCAACUAUAGUGCAUAGUCCUAAUACAACUAAAGAUGUGAACUAAUUCUACUUUUCAGUCAGUCUAUCUUACGGAUAAUAAUAACAACAUAUUUACAUGUUCAAGUUCAAGUAAUCGUUUGUGUUGACAUGACACACAUUGAAAAUGACUUGUUGCUUUUGUCCCCGAUACCAAGAGGGCCCACAUGUUCUGUUCAUAGGUAGCAGUUAAU